GGGGCAAACAGACAUCGAACAGGUGACUGUGUGUGCGAGCCUUCGAUAAGGCAGAAGGGCUCCGAGCCAAAGUCUGGAAAUCAAAGAGGCCGUUCGCGGAACUCACUUCAAUCGGCCUCCAAUAAACACCAAAGCCUGCUCCCCCACUCAACACCUUUGUGAGGUUGGAGCAAUUAAUAAGAUGUACAUAUUUCGGGAUGUUCGGGAUAAUAUAUAUAUUCGACAGAUCUAUUGCUUACCUCACUCACAAGUAUCUGCAAAAAGAUAGUCAGCAGAAGAUUGAGAACACAUCAUUAAGAUGUCAGUGAGCAAACUUGAAAAAUAAUAUGCAUGAGUAAUACAAAAUCGCAAGUGUAAUUAAAGAUUCGAGCCACCUACCUGGAUGGCUGGUUCUUGGGUGGUUCUACCGCUUUUUAUCUGAAUUCAAUUUUAUUUUGCAUUCAAACUUGUUUUGCGCACCUUCAUCUGUCGAAUAUUCUGAGCUUUUGAACACUUCACAUCUAGUUGCAAUUCGGUGUCAGUGGGUACAACACCAUGUCUUCCAGACUAGUAUCUCUGUGGAUUCUCAUCCUGAGCUUGAGUUACUCAAAAGUCACACCAGCCUACGGCAGGGGCUACCAGCUGGAGAUCAAUCAUCCAGAUGGAUCGGCUUUUCGACGGGAAUCGGUAAUCGCAGAUACUGACGGAAAUUCAGAGCUCGAUGGGGAGAUUAAGCAAAGGUUCCCAGCGCCGCAUGAAGGAUGGUUACUGCUCUCCUACAAAAUCGGAUCCAAAGGAUACAACAUACGAUACUCCUACAAGGCGGACAGUGACAUUUCCGUAGUGCCGAUGGUGGCUAAAAACGAAACAUUCUCUAUAAAACGAAUCGGAGUAAACGCUCUGAAGUCGACUGCAGGUUGAAUAAUAAUUGUAUAUUAAAUAUUGUCAAUAAAAAAAUAUAUAAUGAGUAAAUACGGUAAGUUCGAAUGGAAAAUUA